GCAGGGCGGAUAUAGUGAAUGCAGGGUCCGGGGAGACCGGAUAUAGUGAAUGCAGGGUCCGGGGAGACCGGAUAUAGUGAAUGCAGGGUCCGGGGAGACCGGAUAUAGUGAAUGCAGGGUCCGGGGAGACCGGAUAUAGUGAAUGCAGGGUCCGGGGGAGACCGGAUAUAGUGAAUGCAGGGUCCGGGGAGACCGGAUAUAGUGAAUGCAGGGUCCGGGGAGACCGGAUAUAGUGAAUGCAGGGUCCGGGGAGACCGGAUAUAGUGAAUGCAGGGUCCGGGGAGACCGGAUAUAGUGAAUGCAGGGUCCGGGGAGACCGGAUAUAGUGAAUGCGGGGUC